GGCGUUAUACAGCCAUUUUCAAAAUAAACGGACGUUGAGAAGUGUUCGUUUACAAUGCGAUGUAAGGGGACGUUGAGGGGGCUAGUGGAAAUCUGAACGAUGUAUUUUUAUUUUUUGAAGUUGUAAAUCGUCUAGGGGGUUCAUUAAAAUCGGUUUAUAUACCCUGCUUGGUAAUUCUUUUUUAUGGAAUUUAAAUGUCUGGAACACCAACCGAGCGCACCAACUCUUGUGAAAUGUCUCAUACACCAACCCAGCUCACCAACUUGCGAUCUAGAAGAUCAACUUCAACUCCUUGUCGGAAGAGCAGCAGUUAUGAUGAUCUUAGACAGAGAACUUGUGAUCUGGGCUCCACAGGAGAUUCAACAGAGUCAUUGCUUUCACCAAUUUAUCACGACAGCUUUGAAGAAAGUGACACAGGAGAUGAUGUUUCUGCAAAGUGUGACAAGAAAGUUAAAAGAGGAGACUCGUCCAGAGUAAAUAACUAUUUGGAAGAGGAGAGACAGAUAUCAUCAGAAUUUAAACUCACUGCCUGGGAGCAAUGGAUUGUUCAAAAGGCACAGAAAGAAAGAAUUGAAAUGCAAUUAGAUACAUUAAAAGCGAUGACAUUAAAACAGGAACAAAUUAAAGAGGCAGAGGAAAAAGAAAAGAAGAAAAUUCUCACUGAAGAAAAACGGCAGGAAUGGCUUCAAAGGAAAAAUCAACAGGAAAAAUUAGAAAGAGAGAGACAACGUACUAAAAUGUUGGAGGAAAUAUCUGCAAAAGAGAUUGAGAAGAGGCAAUGUGAUGAAAGGGCAAAAGAAAAAUAUAAUUUGUGGCUUGAAAAAAAGAAGGAAGAAGAAAUUGUAAAAAAGCAAAUUGAAAAGGAAGAAGCAGCAAAAAGGGAAGCAGAAUUAAAAGAAAGGAGAGAGAUGGCAGAUAAAAAAUUCAAGGAAUGGUUGAGAAGUGCCAAGGACAAACCACGCCCUGCAUCAAGCCCUUGUGGAUACUCCAAUGGAAAACCCACAGGCUUCUAUGAUCAGAAUUACUAUCCAGCUCCCAGUUUCUGCAAUCCCAUUCCUUGGAAACCUAUCCAUGUCCCACCGCCAGAAGAAUCCUCUAGAAAACAGGCAGUAAAGAAGACUCAAAAGCAGAGGAGUUAUGUGCUACAAAGACAUACGGCAGCUGUAAGCUGUAAGCCGAAAGACAACCUUGGUAUCGGUUUAGUUCGCCAAGUGCGGAGGUAACCUAAUGUUGAAUUUGUGUGCUGUUCAUUCCAGAGCUACUACAGGUAAAUGAAGAACCAUGGGACUGACAGACAUUUAUUUAAUAUUAUUUAAACAUUAAAAAUACCAUAUGUACAAUCAUGCAUUCAAUAUGCUACUGUAUAUUAUUUCUAGAUUAACUGUUAAGAUUUUAUUUUAAUAAAUGGGAUAAUAAAAUAUAUGUCCAAUUUCAAAUCACUCUACUUUUUUAUUUCAGUAAGGAGUGUCCUUUGAGGGGUUUUGUUUUGUCUGUUUUAGCACCUUUUCUGUAAUCUAAUGAAUGUUAAAGAGAGUU